AUGGGCGCAAUUCAGGACAAUCGAAACAACCGGACGUACUCCUCGGGCAAACGGCCAAGAGCCCCUAUCGCAUGCUUUAGAUGCCACCACAAGAAGGUGCGCUGCGACGGUGGCCAUCCAAAUUGUACCAGAUGCCUUUCAACUGGUGUUCUUUGUGCUUACCCUAGUUCACGGCGUUCUCGAAAUACUCAACCGGCCAACGUCGAUCCUUUUAUUGACAACUUAUCCCAGCUAGAAGGUCGUAUACGGCAAAUUGAGACAGCUAUGGAUUGUCAAAGAAACAUUAUCCAAAAAAUUGUUUCUGGAGACGAUAAGAAGGAAAAGUUGGAUAUCAACCUUAGCAAACUUGUCAGUCAAAUGCGUAAGACUGAAGAUGAAGUUCAAGACUCUCGAUCCAUUCUUGCUCAGCUACGCUUAAAGGGAGAGCAACGUAUAGCAAAGAGCAAGAGGUCGCAAAGUCCAAUCAAGCGUGACAAUUCAACCGGCGAGUCCAAUCUGGAUGAUAGCGAAGAAAAGCAGACCUCAAAAAUGUUAGAUUCUGAAGAUUCUGGAAACAACAAUACUUCAGAUAUGCCAUCCAUGUCAUCCAGUCCGCGUGCUAGUAUCUCCUCCUCAUCAUCAUGCUCGUCGACACCGAACCAUGUCAAUGCAAAUGGAAGUUAUAACUUACUUUCAUACAAUACCAACAACACGUAUGGUGUUCAUGCCAACGAAGCAACACUAUCUAUUACGCCUGAAAUGUCGUUUGGUCAACUUGGAGACCAGGUUUCAGAUAUGAUGCUGGGAUCACAAGCAACCAUGUUUACUUCCCCAAGCUGUGGGCAAUAUAGCCCACAGGAUAUUAGUUCCUUUAUGUUUGCCCAUGGACAACACCCAAAUUAUUCACUACCUCAGCAGAAUUCUCCAGGUAGGCUUCAAGAUGCAGACCUUGUUGCUGCUGUUCAAGCCUUACAUAACGGUCAGGAAGUCUGGUACUGCUGA